CGCAUAUCACCGUCACCCAUUCACUCAGCUCAACAACACUGAAACAAAAGAAAAUAAUAGAACGUAAAAGGGAGGAGAAAGACUACAGAUUAAGGGUUUUUUUUGGAGGAAUCAUAAAUCAGAGAAAUUGGAGGAAAGGAUUUCUUGUGUAUAAACCCAAUAUCAUUUGAUUAUUCAAUACAAAUGGCUGAAGCUAGUAGCUCUCAGACAGAAGCCACUACCAAACCUCAACUUAUAUACCGGUGUAAGAAAUGCAGAAGAAUUGUUGCUUCAGAGGAAAAUAUAGUUUCCCAUGAGCGUGGGAAAGGAGAAUCAAGCUUCAAGUGGAAAAAGAGAAGCAGUGAAUCCUGGGAAGCGGAAAAGACACCAGUUGAUUGCACUUCAAUAUUUGUUGAGCCGAUGAAAUGGAUGGAAGCAGUACAAGAAGGUAAUGUGGGGGAUAAACUUCUGUGUAUGGGUUGUAAUGCUCGUUUGGGUAAUUUCAACUGGGCUGGUAUGCAGUGCAGCUGUGGAGCCUGGAUUAACCCUGCUUUUCAGCUGCAUAAAAGUAGGUUAGAUGAGUGUUAUAUGUAAAUCAAUCAACUUGCAGUUUUCCAGAAGACCCAGAGCUUGCUUGAAAAAAAUAUGAAGGUUAUUCUUUUUCUGAACAAAAGACAAUGGCAGCUUAGCUUGGGAGAUUGUAAUGUACAACUCCAUGCUUGUUAUUGAUUAGAACUUACAGUACAUUGUUUUUAUAAUACUAAUAUUCAAAAUAAGUUUUAUUUUUAA